CGCACUCAAUUUACGUCAACAAUGACGAGUGUAAUGUUAGAACCAGUUGUUUCAGUACAUUAAUUCAAUCUGAAGAAAGGAAUUAGGGAUAUUUUAUGAGUAAAACAUUCUAAAAACAACCUUUGAAUAAGCCACCAAAGCUUCUUUAAUGCUUAGAUUGAAACAAAAGUGAAGUAAAACGUGUCAGUGCCUACCUACCAUUUUGAAACCCACGUUUACUUGAAAGUGAUGGGUGUCGAAAAAUGCAGCUUUCGGAUAAAGUUUAUGUGAUACUGUCACGAUUUUUACUCCUCUAUUAUACAAGGGCAGAAAAUUUAGCCUCAGAAGACUCAGACAUGAGCGAGCACUUUCAGAAUUCAGGAGUAAGAAUUCGAUGUCCUGCAAGGAAUUUUUUUAUUCAGGAAGCUCAACCUGCUGGAGCAAUGCGUUCAGAUAGAUCUUUAAAACCAGCUCCAGCCCAGUUUACAGUUUCAACUAAAAGUCCUAAUGCGUUCUUGAACCAUGUGCUUGCAGUCAAUAGUCGGAUAUAUCAAUGUAAAACUCCAAUUCUGCGUAAGUCUAGCAGACAUUUUUUCUCAAGACAGAAACGGGAGCUUCAUUUAGGACCUCCGCGAUCAUUACACACCGAAUUAAAUGUUAUUCUAGACUGUGUAACAACCCGCCACAUACUUCCACCGAAAAAUGGAAAGAAAGGAGUGGUCAUCUUGGAAUCAACCGGGCCGCAACUCUGGGAUUUCGCGAAAAUAGUCACCGAAGACACCUGUCAGAUGGAAAUUUCUGACCCCUCUAGUUCAAUCCCAAUUGUCCGGGAACUAAAAUUUAAGGUUCAAGGAGCAGCAAAUGUUGAGAAAAGAGAUCCAGCGAAUCAUGAAAUAACAUUUCGGUACGGUGGUGGACGUGGCCGUGGACGUGGGAGACGAAGAGGACUAGGGCCAAAGACAACCACAACACCCAAGCCAGUUCCAAUAGACAAGGACGUUGAGUACCCAGAGGCUUUCAAAAGUCAUCUAUCUAACUGGGAUAGGAAACGAGGAGACCUGCCCGGACCCGUGCUUUUCAGUUUGACCAGCUAAUGACCUUCCGGAGAUACAAAUUUCGAAUUUUAGUUCACUAUGAGAAUGGACAGGAACGAUACAGCUCACCCACCACAUGGUUCCAUUUAGAAGACUGGACGUGACAAAUAUCAAGACUAUGCAUAUUGCGUGCACCUUUCAAACUAAAAGCAGUAUCAAUAAAUGUGCGACCUUUACAUAAACAACACCGAAAUUCAUACUUGCCAUAAGCAUUAUAUGAUUCAAACAAUAUAUCAUGGAACAAAAAUUAGGCACGCUUAAAUUUUUUUUCUUCAAAGCUGGGAAAAGGAAUCGAGUUAAAUAAAUGUUCAAUUAUUCUUUUUCCAUUUAGUUUUUAAUUAAGAUUAAGAGAAAAGACGAAAAGAGCACAGUGGAAGAUUUUAGUUUUGCAGUAUUGCGUACAACUUACUCAGGAAAAUCUUCAACACUGUUUUGAAUGCACAAAUUAUGAGAGAAUUUUCGUCCAUUUGGUUGGAUAAGCUUGAGAGCUAUUUUCUGACGUAUGUAACGACAAGUAUAAACCUGAGACAAAAUUCACUUAAAUAGCUA